AUGGCGCCGAAACGUGCUUCUCCUUUGGACGAACCGCCCUCAGCUUCUUCCUCAUCCGAAGAAGAGGAAGCUUCAUCCGAAGUUGGAUCUUCAUCUGAAGAUGACGAUCAACCUUCAAAACUUACACAACCUCUUUCCGCUGAAAAGAAGCCCACUUCCAAAAAGCCUCCACCUGCUGCCCCAAUCGCAAAAUCUCAGCCAAAAGCUUCGGUUUCGGAUUCUGAGACUGAAUCUGAUGCCGAAUCUGACUCCGAUGAUGAGCGCCCCAGUGAGAAUGCGGAUCUGAUUGUCAAACCCAUUGCCUCCAAGCCCAAAGGAGAGACGCCUAAAGGAAAGAAGUCAAAAUCUCAGCCAUCCGUUACGCCGGCCAAAGCAGCUAACAAGCGACCAAGUGAUAACAAUCGACCGGCCACUGACUCAAAAAAGGCAAAGAAGGGAAAGGAUGCUGGUGGAAACGAUGAGAUCUUGGCGGCGGAGGAGGAUGGGAGAAAGGCCGGAGAUGAGUCCAAGAAGCUGUUUCAGAGGCUUUGGAGCGAGGACGACGAGAUUGCGAUCCUCAUGGGUUUAGCGGAAUAUGCAGCCAAGACAGGAGAAGCCCCGCUUAAGGAUAUUAAUGGAUUUCACGAUUUCAUAAAGAAGUCGGUACAUGUUGAUGUAUCAAAUGAACAAUUGGCUAAUAAGAUUAGGACAUUGAAGAGAAAGUACGUGAAAAAUUCCCAAAAAGGUAAGAAUGGUGAAGGCCCCAGUUUCUCCAAACCAUACGACAAGAAAGUCUUUGAAUUGUCUAAGAAGAUCUGGCCUGAUGAAGGAGCCAAUGGAGGGAUAGACCUUACAAAGUCAAAUGGGAAAGAGAAGAAAAAUAAGAAGGAAGGUAACAGUGUCGUGGCUUCUCGGAAACGAGAGCCUGAUCUGGUUUCAGAUUCGAAGGAAGUUCGAAAGAUAGACAUUGAUCCGCAUGCAGGUUCGCCGCUGAGUUUAAGUGAAAUGAUUAGGUUUAACAAAAGUCUGGGCCUGUCAGGGUUGGAUGAUGAUGUUAUUAAGAGGGGAUAUGAAUUGAUUGGAGCAUCCAAGAAGGCAGAGUUGGAUGACAGGUGGAAGAAACUGCAAAUUGCAGAGUUGGAGCUGUUUGUGAAACGAGUUGAGCUUGUCAAGGAUGAGGCUAGUUUGAUAUGGGAGGCAACCAAAUCUUCAGGCAAUUAG